UUAGGUAACAGAGAGCAAGUGCCUGUGCAAACCCUCUGGGGGAAGAGAGAGAGGAAGUCAAGCAUUUAGACAGAAGGAGGUUGUUAAAGCAGGGAAAUUUUGCGCCUGGAGAGAAGAGAAAGGGGAACACUUCCCCCUCUACCCUCCCCCUCGUUCAUCCUAGCUUUCCACUCCAGACCUCUGUGUGUGUGUGUGUGUGUCUAUGGACAACGGAUCGACGAUGCCCACGAACGGAAUGAACAAAGCCUUGAAGCUGCAGUUUGGCCUCAUCAACCACGAGAGCCGUUACCUAACGGCCGAGGCCUUCGGCUUCAAGGUGAACGCCUCGGCCUCCAGCAUGAAGAAGAAGCAGAUCUGGACUCUGGAGCAAGAGGACCAGGACACCCAGGUAGUGUUCCUUCGCAGCCACCUGGGCCGUUACCUGGCCUCCGAUAAGGAUGGUAAGGUGAGCUGCGGGGCAGAGCAGCCCGACUCGCCCGGCUGCCGCUUCCUGAUCGUGGCCCAGUCGGACGGCCGCUGGGCACUGCAGUCGGAGGCAUACCUGCGCUUCUUCGGAGGCUCGGCUGACUACCUGUCCUGCUUCGCCCAGGCCAUCGGGGAGCCUGAGCUGUGGGCCGUCCACCUGGCCCUCCAUCCGCAAUCUAGCCUGCUCAGCGUGGCGCGCAAACGCUACGCCCACCUGUUUGCCCGGGAAGGAGAGAUCUCGGUGGACAGCAACAUCCCCUGGGGCUCGGACUCCCUGGUCACCCUGGUAUACCUGGAAGGAAAGUACUUCCUGAAGACGUGCGACAGCCGCUUCCUCAGCAACGACGGGAAGCUGGUCAAAGAGAACACCCCCACCACCAGCUUCACCCUGGAGCUCAAGUCAGGCAAGCUGGCCUUCAAGGACUGCGAUGGGAAGUACCUGACACCCAUGGGCCCGACUGGCACGCUGCGCUCAGGCCGGUGCUCCAAGCCUGGCAAGGAUGAGCUGUUUGAUCUAGAGGAGAGCCACCCACAAGUCAUUUUCCAGGCAGCCAACAAAAGAUUUGUCUCCGUCAAACAAGGUGUGAGCAUCUCAGCCAACCAGGAUGUGGAGACAGACAUGGAGACCUUCCAGAUGGAGAUUGAUAAGGAGAGCAAGAAGUGCAUGUUUAGGACCAACGGUGGUAACUACUGGACACUGGUCUCCCACGGAGGGAUCCAGUCCACAGCCACGGAGGUGGAGGCCAACACAAUGUUUGACAUUGAAUGGCUGGGUCGCAGUGUAGCACUGAAGGCAAGCAAUGGGAAGUACGUGUGCACCAAAAAGAAUGGGCAGCUUUCAGCCGUCAGCGAUUCCGUAGGUGAUGAUGAGCUCUUCCUGAUGAAGCUCAUUAAUCGGCCCAUGUUAAUCCUGCGAGGGGAGAACGGUUUUGUGUGUCAUCACAAGAGCUCCAACACGCUGGAUGCCAACCGAUCCGUCUAUGACAUCUUCUUACUGCUUUUCAGUGAUGGCGCCUACCACAUAAAAAGCGUAGGUGGAAAGUUCUGGUAUGUCUCCAGCAGCAGCCUGGUGUGCUCAGACGGAGACAAGCCUGAGGACUUCUUCCUGGAGUUCCUGGAGCACGGGCGGGUGGGCAUCAAGGGCAAGAACGGCAAGUACCUGCGCGGGGACAGCGGCACGCUGAAGGGUGACGCUGCUACCGUGGACCCCUCCUGUCUCUGGGAGUACUAACCUGGCGCGACCUCCUGACGACCCCUGAAGCCCGUGGAGGGGUGGAGGGAGAAGGAGAGAGGGAGGACCUGGUUCCCACCUGGGUUCACAGCUCAACCAACAACGAUACAUUACACAGACUGACUGGGGAACAUUUUCACUACUCUCUUUUCUACUUUAGUGGCAAAGGAGAGGCCGUUCCCACUUCUUUGUUUUGGCAAAAAGUGAAAAUGUGUAGAAAGUUUCUUUGUGUUUAUUUUAUUAUAUUUGAUUUGUUUUCCAAAAAAAGCAUUGGUUACCUAAAUAUAGUUUUUUUCCAAGUGACAUUGCCAACAUCAACGACAGCGAAUACUUAAUAAAAUCUGCUCAUUUUGGUCACUCACACAGCCUAUAAAAAAACAUUAGAUUCUGUAUAGCGGUCCUUAAAUUAUUAUCUGGAUGCCUGAAUAAAGGCAGCUUUUCACACCAA